CGGGGCCUCGGGCUGCCCGGGACCGGGACUGGUCGUUAGGAGCCGCCCGCCUCCGGGGGGCUGCUCGCUGAGGGGAGCCCCGGCCUGCGCGGCCCCGGCAGCGCAGCGAGGGAAUUCAGCCCCAGAGCACUGUAGGAAAUAGCAGUGCCGGCUUACUGCCCGUCAAACCGGGCCCCUUCCUGUGCUGCCUUGCUGUAAACCUGGUGUUUCCAAAACCACAUACGUGUAACAAAGAGUUUUAAUGCUGAAGUCCGGAUCUAACAUCCUGGUGGAGUAUGUGACCACUGUAGCCAUCAUUUGAAAUAAAACCUGCUAACUUAAAACCACAGUGAUUUCUCUGGGAAGGUUGACCAGUAGUCAAGAAAAAAUCUUUGAUAGUCUUCCAAGGACAACAAAAUUGUUACUUAGAAGUUCUACCACAGUGUUGAUGCAAUGGCUAGUCAAUAUGAUUCACUGGAAGAAGAGGAAAAAGAAACUGGAAUGGAAUACCGUUUCUUCUUCUCAGCUAUGUAGGCGUUAUGGAAGAAUACUUUCCCAAAGAAAAGGGAGUCUGAUAAAAAACCCUUCCAGAUUAAGAAGUUGACACAAACACAUGGAAAAUGGGUGACCUACAGAGCAAAUUCAGGGACUCUGAGAAGCUCGGCUGGCUUGGUCCUGGGGAUUUAUGCCAGACCCUAGCAAAAAAGAAGACGAGCACGGCGAGGUAACGGAGAGGUAGAUCCGCACGCAGGUGGAGGUGCGGACACACAGCGGCCUCAGCUACCCGGUGCCACGAGCGAAAGGGAGAGAAGGCGAAACUCCCUCUGGCGGAUAGAUGGAUGCAUCAUUUCCUACACACACUUCAGAGGAAGAUCUUCAAAAGAAAGCUGCAAGCCGAAUAGGACUUGGAAAACAAGCAGCCCCUGAGGACGCGCUAAACAGAGAAGUUGACCAUGACAACCUUCCUGGAAUUUAUCCAGCAGAAUGAGGACAGAGAUGGAGUUAGAUUCAGCUGGAAUGUUUGGCCUUCGAGUCGUCUUGAAGCCACAAGAAUGGUAGUCCCAGUGGCUGCCCUCUUCACGCCACUGAAAGAACGGCCAGACUUGCCUCCUAUUCAGUAUGAGCCAGUUUUGUGCAGUAGGACCACGUGUCGAGCUGUUCUGAAUCCCUUAUGCCAAGUGGAUUAUCGAGCAAAACUUUGGGCUUGCAACUUCUGUUACCAGAGAAAUCAGUUUCCUCCUACCUAUGCUGGCAUAUCUGAAAUGAAUCAGCCAGCUGAACUUUUGCCGCAGUUCUCUAGCAUUGAAUAUGUAGUACAGCGUGGUCCUCAGAUGCCUUUGAUAUUUCUUUAUGUUGUGGACACAUGCAUGGAAGAUGAAGACUUGCAAGCUCUGAAAGAAUCCAUGCAAAUGUCGCUUAGUCUUCUGCCACCAACUGCGUUAGUGGGUCUCAUUACCUUCGGGCGAAUGGUGCAGGUUCAUGAGCUUGGCUGUGAAGGAAUUUCCAAAAGUUAUGUCUUCAGAGGAACGAAGGACCUUUCUGCAAAGCAGCUUCAGGAAAUGCUAGGACUGACAAAAGUAGCUGUUUCACAAGUCGGCCGCGGUCCUCAAGUGCAACAGCCACCACCUUCUAACAGAUUUUUGCAACCAGUGCAGAAGAUUGAUAUGAAUCUUACUGAUCUUUUGGGUGAACUGCAGCGGGAUCCUUGGCCCGUUCCACAAGGGAAAAGGCCCUUACGUUCCUCUGGAGUGGCUCUUUCUAUAGCUGUAGGACUCCUUGAGUGCACCUUUCCUAACACCGGUGCACGUAUAAUGAUGUUCAUUGGAGGACCAGCUACACAAGGACCUGGGAUGGUUGUAGGGGAUGAACUGAAGUUACCUAUAAGAUCCUGGCAUGACAUUGAAAAAGACAAUGCUAAAUACGUUAAAAAGGGCACUAAGCAUUUUGAAGCCCUGGCUAAUCGGGCUGCAACAAAUGGUCAUGUUGUUGACAUAUAUGCAUGUGCAUUGGAUCAGACUGGUCUUCUGGAGAUGAAGUGUUGUCCCAACUACACUGGAGGCUACAUGGUAAUGGGAGACUCUUUCAAUACAUCUUUAUUCAAACAGACCUUUCAGAGAGUAUUCACAAAAGAUAUGCAAGGACAAUUUAAAAUGGGAUUUGGUGGCACAUUAGAAAUAAAGACUUCAAGAGAAGUAAAGAUUUCUGGAGCUAUUGGACCCUGUGUCUCUCUCAAUUCUAAAGGACCUUGUGUCUCAGAAAAUGAGAUUGGAACAGGAGGUACUUGUCAGUGGAAGAUUUGUGGACUUAAUCCUACUACAACACUUGCACUUUACUUUGAGGUGGUCAACCAGCACAAUGCUCCAAUUCCUCAAGGAGGACGCGGUGCAAUCCAGUUUGUGACUCAGUACCAGCAUUCCAGUGGACAGAGACGUAUCAGAGUGACCACAGUUGCCAGAAACUGGGCAGAUGCACAGACACAGAUUCAAAACAUUGCUGCAUCUUUUGACCAGGAGGCUGCUGCAAUUCUCAUGGCUAGAUUGGCAGUGUAUAGAGCAGAGACAGAGGAGGGACCUGAUGUGCUUAGAUGGCUGGACAGACAACUUAUACGACUGUGUCAGAAAUUUGGAGAGUAUCACAAAGAUGAUCCAAGCUCUUUCAGAUUUUCAGAAACCUUUUCACUUUACCCACAGUUCAUGUUUCACUUGAGAAGAUCUCCCUUCUUACAAGUUUUUAACAACAGUCCAGAUGAGAGCUCAUACUAUCGUCACCAUUUUAUGCGUCAAGAUCUAACGCAGUCACUUAUCAUGGUUCAGCCAAUUCUCUAUGCCUACUCCUUCAAUGGACCUCCAGAGCCUGUUCUUCUGGAUAGCAGCAGCAUUUUACCAGAUCGCAUUCUUCUUAUGGACACCUUUUUCCAGAUCCUUAUUUAUCACGGAGAGACCAUAGCUCAGUGGCGGAAAUCAGGUUACCAAGAUAUGCCGGAAUAUGAAAACUUCCAUCAUUUGCUUCAAGCUCCGAUAGAUGACGCUCAAGAAAUUCUUCACUCUAGAUUUCCAAUGCCCAGAUAUAUCGAUACAGAGCAUGGAGGAAGCCAGGCUCGUUUCCUGCUCUCAAAAGUAAAUCCCUCUCAGACUCAUAACAAUAUGUAUGCAUGGGGACAGGAGUCUGGAGCACCCAUUCUUACUGACGAUGUCAGCUUGCAAGUGUUUAUGGAUCAUCUGAAGAAACUUGCCGUCUCUAGUGCUGCCUGAGAUUCUGUAGUGUGCUAGAGGCACAGAUAAGCUGUAGCCAUAUUUCAGCUUUUUCUCCUUUGCCCUUUUCCAUGUCUCUCUUGACAGAAUGCUCUGAUAUGCACAAGCUGCCUGACUAGAUGUAAAACAGUGUUGUUUUCAAAGAAAAGCUUUUGUUAUCAGCAAAUGUUUUAAUGUGAACCGUAGUUUGAAAAAAUGACAAGUAGUAGCUUAAGUUAUAGUUACAGGAAAAAAAAACACAGUCAUUUUGAUUACCAUGAUAUUAUAAUUACUUUGAGAUCAAUUAUAUCAACUUUGAAAUGUUUUUUCUCUUUCCUUCUUAAAUGGUUGAGGUUGAUUCUGCUUUGCACUACAAAGGCACAUUGAACAAUAAAGGAAAUCUUUGGUGAUGUCAGGCUUUCCAGACUGCCACAUGAUAUUGUUUCUUACUCAAUCUGAGCACGAAAUGAACAAAGAAGCAACAAAAAGGUUAUAAAAAUAGUAUUAACUCAGUCUUUUGACUUAGGCUGCUGAACUUUUCUGCAGUGAUCUUAUUGUUCACGUUAGUUAUUUUAGGAGUAUUUAACUUCAAAUGUUUCCUUUUCCCAUUUUUACUGUAGUUGAUUCUUUGGGAACAGAGUUUUUCUUACCUUCCACAUGAAUGAUUUCAACUGAAAAAGUAAAAAAAAAAAAAAAAAAAAAAAAAAACCUGUUAUUGCACAAAAUCUAAAGCUUGAGCUAAGAAGAAAUCCUACACUACCAAAAUAAACUGACUCAGCCUUGAUUUUUGUCUUGGCGAGUAUACUUUAAAAAAAAAAAGUUAUCUUUUUAUUAUUGCCUUAUAAUGUUAUUACAUUAAUGCAUGACACCGCACAUCUGCUUUUUGUUUCUGCACCCUUUUUCUUAUGAGUUCAACAGGCUGUAGUUCUUGUUGAAACAAAAUUCUAUAGAAUAUGCUGCAAUUAAUUCAAUAUUUAGUUAAUACUUUAUUUUUGUGUGUGGGGAAAUAAAUUAGUAGGCUUUCCCCUUUACUUUAUGAAGUUUACACAAAACAGAUGUUUACAUAGGUAAUAUGAUGUUUUGACAAGCGAAGACAUGAAAUAUUGUACUGGGCAAUAAAAAUGGUGCCAAGUCUGAAGGAAGGGAGUUUUGACAUAGGAAAUUCAAUCAUAUAUUGGUGUGAUAAGCAUGAUUUUUUUUCCCGUUUGUCUGUAAAUUCUCAAAAACUUGAUUAAAUCAUUUGCUCUCUUUUACCUAAAUGAGAUGAGCUCUUUUUGCCUCAAUGCAAAUAAAAUAUGUUUUUCUCUCAAUUUCUGUA